CUGAUAUAUGCUCUUACAAAUAAAAAACAAUGGUAUACUAAUACUAUAAACCAUCCAGGUUGUGUGUGUGUGUUCCAUGUUUCUAUUUAAGCUGGAGUAUAAGAAAAAUGGGAAAAUUACAUAUAAAAUUUGUUUAGCCUAAGAAAUUGAUAUGUUGUUACCACAGCAAUAGAAGCUUUUGAUCUUGACAUUUACUUCAUAAGGCCUGAAAAAAUUGUUUAGCCUAAGAAACCAGAGUGUUGACACCACAGAGAUAGCUUUUCAUCAAGACAUCCUAAAGAUGUCAUGUUAUCAGAUUCCUUUAAUAAUAUGCUUUGUUAGGUCCGGCCUAAAUCCUUACAAGCUUUGUAAAAUUUUUAGUAAAAGAAUGAUCUUUCAUUUUUUCGUUACUUUGUUUUCAGGAUCCUUGAUUACUGACCUGAGCAAUGUAAAUGUUGACUUAGAUGAAUCGAUUAAAAAAGCUGACACUUAUUUGGAAAAUACGAACAGUGUUAAGAAUGAUUGUUUUGACAGAAGUGUGAUCAACAAAAUUGAUGAUACUCAACAAAAUUUCAAUACACACUCGAUGAGCACAGAGGAUUUCAUGAAAGAUAUUGAAAAUGAUGCAAAGGAGAGAACUGAACGGAAAAAGCAGAAUAAGGAAAAAGCAACUGUUUUGAAAGAAAAGGGGAAUGUGUAUUUUAAAGAAAAACACUACAAAGAAGCUAUUGACUGUUACACUAUUGCGAUUAACUUAAUUUCUGAUGAAGUCAUAUUUUAUUCAAACAGAGCUCAGGCUUACAUUAAAAUGAAGAAAUACGAACUAGCCUUAAAAGAUUGUGAAAUUGCCUUAAAAAUAGACAAAACCUUCACAAAGAUAUAUGUGCAUAAAGGAAGAGCAUUAACAGGACUUAAUAAGUUUGAAGAGGCCAAAUCUGUUUUUAAUGAAGCUUUAAAGAUUGAUAAAAAGCAGAGCAAGCUACUUCAAGAAUAUCUAUGUGAUGUGGAAAAAGCAGAGGAAAUGGCUUUUAAAGUAGAAAAGGUGAACAACAUGAUGAAAAUUGGAAAUACAAAAAUGAAUCAAAUAAUUGAUUUUGUUAGUAGACUAAGGAAGGGGGAUUCAUACAACAUAAAUGAUACACUGACUAAACUCAAUGCGCUUAUCGUAGAUGAUGAACAUCGUUGCUGCUUUCGGGUAUUAAAUGGUUUUAAUAUGUUCAGUGAGAAUCCAAAACUAAACAGACAGCUGCAGAUGGACUCAGAAGACUUUGAGCUGAUCACGUGCAUCAUUGCUUUACUUUCCAAUGUAGCUGCUGGCAAUGAGGAAAAUUCUAUCUUGGUUUGUAAUGUGCUUGGUAUUUCGCAUGCCGCUGUGAAAUGUUUAGAUGUAGAAAACACGUUAGAAUCUAAAUUUGAAUCAAUACAAAUGUUUUAUCGCCUAUCUCAAUUCAACAAAUCAAGAGAAAUGGUCGUAAAAGAUGCAAAUAUGGAAAUACUCCUGCAACAGUCCUUAUAUUUGAUAUCGCGUGGUGGUGAUAUGGCAAUUGUUACUAUGGGGAUGGUAAACAAUCUAAGCUUAGACAACAAUUUCACCAAAAGAUUUGAAGAGAAGUUAUCAAAAGAUUUUAUUCCUGGGAUUUUAAAAAUGAUGGAGUUGCUUUCUUUACCGUAUGAUGAUGAACCUAAUACAAUAACAUUUCUUCCUGUUAUGUCGAGCAGUAUAUCAACAGUUGCAAAUCUGUUUCGAAAGAAGGAGUUGCGAAAGAUGGCAUCAACUGAUGAUAAAUUCUGGAUUACUUCAUGUAAACUUCUGAUGAAGUAUAUGGAACAUUUGGAAGUAGAAAACAAAUGCGAUAUAGUGUUGUCAACGUUGGGUAUGUUGAUGAAUUUGUCAGCUGAUAAAGUUACUUUGAACGAGGCUACCAUUGCUGAUUGGAUAACUUUAUUUUCUAGUAUUUUCAGCUGUUGUAGGGCAGAUAUAGUGGAGAGAGGAUGCGGUGUGCUAAAUCAUAUCCUAGGACAUAACCAAGGAAUGCUGAAGAUAAUUGUUAAUAGAAGAGUUUAUCUGGAAUUCUUUAGCAUUUUAAAGGGUGACAACGCAAACGCGAAGAAGUACAUUAUCAAGUGUUUAGCACUUUGUACUGACACCUACGAUGCUGUGUUGAGAGAUUUGUAUAAAGAAAACGUGCUCCAAUCAUUGCUUAAAAUGCUGGAAUCAACAGAGCAGAUGGUCGUUGGGAACACCGCCCUUUGUUUAACACAUUGUAGCAGAAACGAUAUCGUCACUGAUCUCAUUCAAAGUAAUUUGAUCAAGAUUCUACUUUCGCUUUCAACCAACGAAAAAUUUUCAAAACAAGUCCGACAUAAUUGUGCUCGAGCUGUUGGGAAAUUUACAUUGGCUGAUUCAAGAUAUUUGCAACAGGUGCGUGAUUUGCAUGGACUGGAGAUUUUACACGAAGUUAUGAAAGAAAACAAACUUAUUUAACUGAAUCUUAUUGCUAAAUAUUGAGAGCAAAGUUAACGAUAUGUGUAUAUUUUGUAUGUAUUUUAUGCUAAAUAAAACUUCUUUAUUUCUGUUAUGCGAACAAAAUAGUAUUUUUGUCAUAUUAAAAAGUAAAAAGUUUUGCUUUAA